AUGGAGCCGCCUUAUCCAGAACCGCAGUUCCUCCCCAGACUCCCCAGUGUUACAGCCAGGGAGGGCAGUACAGCAGUGCUACCGUGUGCCGUGCUAUACCUGGGAACAAAGCAGGUAACGUGGCGUCGUCUUGAUGAAAACCACUUCCUGUCUAUCGGGGACCUCACCUGGAUUAAGGACCCGAACCUGGAGGUUCAGUUUCACGAGCAGACGCCGGAGGUGACGGAGUGGAACCUGGUGAUUAAAAAGGUCACAAGUCAGCAUAGUGGAACCUACGAGUGUCAGAUCAGUGACAAAGUGAAACUAACCAGGCAUGUUCACCUGCAAGUGACAG